AUGCUCGCUGACACUGGAAGCCCAGACCUAGGUGUUCAGUUCACGCUCGCUGAUACUAGAAGCCCAGAAAUAGGUGUUCAGCUCAUGCUCGCUGAUACUGGAAGCCCACACCUAGGUGUUCAGUUCACGCUCGCUGAUACCGGAAGCCCACACCUAGGUGUUCAGUUCAUGCUCGCUGACACUGGAAGCCCAGACCUAGGUGUUCAGUUCAUGCUCGCUGACACUGGAAGCCCAGACCUAGGUGUUCAGCUCAUGCUCGCCGAUACUGGAAGCCUAGACCUAGGUGUUCAGUUCACGCUCGCCGAUACUGGAAGCCCACACCUAGGUGUUCAGUUCAGGCUCGCUGAUACCGGAAGCCCACACCUAGGUGUUCAGUUCAUGCUCGCUGACACUGGAAGCCCAGACCUAGGUGUUCAGUUCAUGCUCGCUGACACUGGAAGCCCAGACCUAGGUGUUCAGCUCAUGCUCGCCGAUACUGGAAGCCUAGACCUAGGUGUUCAGCUCAUGCUCGCUGAUACUGGAAGCCCAUACCUAGGUGUUCAGUUCAGGCUCGCUGAUACUGGAAGCCCAGACCUAGGUGUUCAGUUCAUGCUCGCUGACACUGGAAGCCCAGACCUAGGUGUUCAGUUCAGGCUCGCUGACACUGGAAGCCCAGACCUAGGUGUUCAGCUCAUGCUCGCCGAUACUGGAAGCCUAGACCUAGGUGUUCAGUUCACGCUCGCUGAUACUGGAAGCCCAGACCUAGGUGUUCAGCUCAUGCUCGCCGAUACUGGAAGCCUAGAUCUAGGUGUUCAGUUCACGCUCGCUGAUACCGGAAGCCCAGACCUAGGUGUUCAGCUCAUGCUCGCCGAUACUGGAAGCCUAGAUCUAGGUGUUCAGUUCACGCUCGCUGAUACUGGAAGCCCAGACCUAGGUGUUCAGCUCAUGCUCGCUGAUACUGGAAGCCCAGACCUAGGUGUUCAGUUCACGCUCGCUGACACUGGAAGCCCAGACCUAGGUGUUCAGCUCAUGCUCGCUGAUACUGGAAGCCCACACCUAGGUGUUCAGUUCAUGCUCGCUGAUACUGGAAGCCCAGACCUAGGUGUUCAGCUCAUGCUCGCUGAUACUGGAAGCCUAGACCUAGGUGUUCAGUUCACGCUCGCUGAUACCGGAAGCCCAGACCUAGGUGUUCAGUUCAUGCUCGCUGAUACUGGAAGCCCAGACCUAGGUGUUCAGCUCAUGCUCGCUGAUACUGGAAGCCUAGACCUAGGUGUUCAGUUCACGCUCGCUGAUACCGGAAGCCCACACCUAGGUGUUCAGUUCAUGCUCGCUGAUACUGGAAGCCCAGACCUAGGUGUUCAGUUCAUGCUCGCUGACACUGGAAGCCCAGACCUAGGUGUUCAGCUCAUGCUCGCCGAUACUGGAAGCCUAGACCUAGGUGUUCAGUUCAUGCUCGCUGAUACUGGAAGCCCACACCUAGGUGUUCAGUUCACGCUCGCUGAUACUGGAAGCCCACACCUAGGUGUUCAGCUCAUGCUCGCCGAUACUGGAAGCCUAGACCUAGGUGUUCAGUUCAUGCUCGUUGAUACUGGAAGCCCAGACCUAGGUGUUCAGCUCAUGCUCGCCGAUACUGGAAGCCUAGACCUAGGUGUUCAGUUCAUGCUCGUUGAUACUGGAAGCCCAGACCUAGGUGUUCAGCUCAUGCUCGCCGAUACUGGAAGCCCAGACCUAGGUGUUCAGUUCAUGCUCGCUGAUACUGGAAGCCCAGACCUAGGUGUUCAGCUCAUGCUCGCUGAUACUGGAAGCCUAGACCUAGGUGUUCAGUUCACGCUCGCUGAUACUGGAAGCCCAGACCUAGGUGUUCAGUUCAUGCUCGCUGAUACUGGAAGCCCAGACCUAGGUGUUCAGCUCAUGCUCGCUGUUACUGGAAGCCUAGACCUAGGUUUUCAGCUCAUGCUCGCUGAUACCGGAAGCCCAGACCUAGGUGUUCAGUUCAUGCUCGCUGAUACUGGAAGCCUAGACCUAGGUGUUCAGUUCACGCUCGCUGAUACCGGAAGCCCAGACCUAGGUGUUCAGUUCACGCUCGCUGAUACCGGAAGCCCAGACCUAGGUGUUCAGUUCACGCUCGCUGACACUGGAAGCCCAGACCUAGGUGUUCAGUUCAUGCUCGCUGAUACUGGAAGCCCAGACCUAGGUGUUCAGUUCAUGCUCGCUGAUACUGGAAGCCCAGACCUAGGUGUUCAGUUCAUGCUCGCUGAUACUGGAAGCCCAGACCUAGGUGUUCAGCUCAUGCUCGCUGAUACUGGAAGCCCAGACCUAGGUGUUCAGUUCAUGCUCGCUGACACUGGAAGCCCAGACCUAGGUGUUCAGUUCAUGCUCGCUGAUACUGGAAGCCCAGACCUAGGUGUUCAGUUCAUGCUCGCUGAUACUGGAAGCCCAGACCUAGGUGUUCAGCUCAUGCUCGCUGAUACUGGAAGCCCAGACCUAGGUGUUCAGUUCAUGCUCGCUGAUACUGGAAGCUCACACCUAGGUGUUCAGUUCAUGCUCGCUGAUACUGGAAGCCCAGACCUAGGUGUUCAGUUCAUGCUCGCUGAUACUGGAAGCCCAGACCUAGGUGUUCAGCUCAUGCUCGCUGAUACUGGAAGCCCAGACCUAGGUGUUCAGUUCAUGCUCGCUGACACUGGAAGCCCAGACCUAGGUGUUCAGCUCAUACUCGCUGACACUGGAAGCCCAGACCUAGGUGUUCAGUUCAUGCUCGCUGAUACUGGAAGCCCAGACCUAGGUGUUCAGUUCAUGCUCGCUGAUACUGGAAGCCUAGACCUAGGUGUUCAGUUCAUGCUCGCUGAUACUGGAAGCCCAGACCUAGGUGUUCAGUUCAUGCUCGCUGACACUGGAAGCCCACACCUAGGUGUUCAGCUCAUGCUCGCUGAUACUGGAAGCCCACACCUAGGUGUUCAGUUCAUGCUCGCUGAUACUGGAAGCCCAGACCUAGGUGUUCAGCUCAUGCUCGCUGAUACUGGAAGCCCAGACCUAGGUGUUCAGCUCACGCUCGCUGAUACCGGAAGCCCAGACCUAGGUGUUCAGUUCAUGCUCGCUGAUACUGGAAGCCCAGACCUAGGUGUUCAGCUCAUGCUCGCUGAUACCGGAAGCCCAGACCUAGGUGUUCAGUUCAUGCUCGCUGAUACUGGAAGCCCACACCUAGGUGUUCAGUUCAUGCUCGCUGAUACUGGAAGCCCAGACCUAGGUGUUCAGUUCAUGCUCGCUGAUACUGGAAGCCCAGACCUAGGUGUUCAGUUCAUGCUCGCUGAUACUGGAAGCCUAGACCUAGGUGUUCAGUUCAUGCUCGCUGACACUGGAAGCCCAGACCUAGGUGUUCAGUUCACGCUCGCUGAUACCGGAAGCCCAGACCUAGGUGUUCAGCUCAUGGUCGCUGAUACUGGAAGCCCAGACCUAGGUGUUCAGUUCACGCUCGCUGAUACUGGAAGCCCAGACCUAGGUGUUCAGUUCAUGCUCGCUGAUACUGGAAGCCCAAACCUAGGUGUUCAGUUCAUGCUCGCUGAUACUGGAAGCCCAAACCUAGGUGUUCAGCUCAUGCUCGCUGAUACUGGAAGCCCAGACCUAGGUGUUCAGUUCAUGCUCGCUGAUACUGGAAGCCCAGACCUAGGUGUUCAGUUCAUGCUCGCUGAUACCGGAAGCCCAAACCUAGGUGUUCAGCUCAUACUCGCUGAUACCGGAAGCCCAGACCUAGGUCUUCAGCUCAUGCUCGCUGAUACUGGAAGCCCAGACCUAGGUGUUCAGCUCAUGCUCGCUGAUACUGGAAGCCCAGACCUAGGUGUUCAGUUCAAGCUCGCUGAUACUGGAAGCCCACACCUAGGUCUUCAGCUCAUGCUCGCUGAUACUGGAAGCCCACACCUAGGUGUUCAGCUCAUGCUCGCUGAUACUGGAAGCCCAGACCUAGGCCAGAGAAGUCGUGUCACUGGAGCUACAGGCCAGAGAGGGCGUGUUACCGGAGCUACAGACCAGAGAAGGCGUGUCACUGGAGCUACAGACCAGAGAAGGCGUGUCACUGGAGCUACAGACCAGAGAAGGCAUGUCACUGGAGCUACAGACCAGAGAAGGCGUGUCACUGGAGCUAUAGACCAGAGAAGGCGUGUCACCGGAGCUACAGACCAGAGAAGGCGUGUCACUGGAGCUACAGACCAGAGAAGGCGUCUCACUGGAGCUACAGACCAGAGAAGGCGUGUCACUGGAGCUAUAGACCAGAGAAGGCGUGUCACCGGAGCUACAGACCAGAGAAGGCGUGUCACCGGAGCUACAGACCAGAGAAGGCGUGUCACCGGAAUUACAGACCAGAGAAGGCGUGUCACCGGAGCUACAGACCAGAGAAGGCGUGUCACCGGAGCUACAGACCAGAGAAGGCGUGUCACUGGAGCUACAGACCAGAGAAGGCGUGUCACUGGAGCUACAGACCAGAGAAGGCGUGUCACUGGAGCUAUAGACCAGAGAAGGCGUGUCACCGGAGCUCCAGACCAGAGAAGGCGUGUCACCGGAGCUACAGACCAGAGAAGGCGUGUCACUGGAGCUACAGACCAGAGAAGGCGUCUCACUGGAGCUACAGACCAGAGAAGGCGUGUCACUGGAGCUAUAGACCAGAGAAGGCGUGUCACCGGAGCUACAGACCAGAGAAGGCGUGUCACCGGAGCUACAGACCAGAGAAGGCGUGUCACUGGAGCUACAGACCAGAGAAGGCGUCUCACUGGAGCUACAGACCAGAGAAGGCGUCUCUCUGGAGCUACAGACCAGAGAAGGCGUCUCACUGGAGCUACAGACCAGAGAAGGCGUCUCACUGGAGCUACAGACCAGAGAAGGCGUGUCACUGGAGCUACAGACCAGGCAGAGUCCAGGGUGUGUCACCGGAGCUACGGCCCGACAGUCCUGAGAAGGCCUGUUACUGGCAGCGGCUUUGUGGAGCCCAGGGCAACAUUAAGAAUGGCGCCCCCCACCACCACCAUCCCCCCAAAAAAAGACUUCGAAAGGCUCCGGGAUCAUGCUGCUGCCUUACCGCUGGAUAUAGAGGUCAGGGAACGGGAUAGUGCUGCUGCCUUACCGCUGGAUGCAGAGGUCAGGGAACGGGAUCGUGCUGCUGCCUUACCGCUGGAUACAGAGGUCAGGGAACGGGAUCGUGCUGCUGCCUUACCGCUGGAUACAGAGGUCAGGGAACGGGAUCGUGCUGCUGCCUUACCGCUGGAUACAGAGGUCAGGGAACGGGAUCGUGCUGCUGCCUUACCGCUGGAUACAGAGGUCAGGGAACGGGAUCGUGCUGCUGCCUUACCGCUGGAUUUAGAGAAAAACGAAUGGUUGUGUUUGAACUGCCAAACUCAGAGGCUACUGGAAGGCAGCUUAGGUGAUACGCCAUCACCGCUCCUACCACCAUCAAAGCAAGGGUCACCACGCCACCAACCAGGAGUUACACCAACAGCUUCUCCCAAACACCAUCCAGGAGCUUUAUCAGCAGCUUCACCAAGGCACCAACCGGCUCCUAGCCAGACGGCAUCACCCCAUCACCAGAAGACAGGACCCGCUUACUCAGCAUCUCCCCAACACCAGACCGGAACAGCCAGCAGCCAGCAGCAAAGAUCAGGACCAGAGACAGCACCUGACAAGAGAAGUUCACAAGCAAACCAUCUCAGGGGUACAGAACAAGGAAAGGCUCCGUCUCUGACCGAAGACAGGAAGCCCCCAGAGGAGAUCAAACAGCCCAGAGCUCCUGCUGAGUCCCAAAAGCUAAUAAAGCAGAUGGUGCCAAAGGGAAAGAGUGUCGGCGGCAAAAAGGAAGUCGUAACACGGAAUGGGAAGUCCUCCUCAGAAAUCCAAAAAGAACAAGAGGAUAUAAGCAAGCCUUAUUCCCAUGACUUGUCUCGCAGCCCUCAAAGCCUCAGUGACACAGGAUACUCUUCUGAUGGAAUUUCUAGUUCACAAAGUGAGAUCGCAGGACUGGUGCAACAAGAGGAAGAAAAGUUAAAUGGAACAGGGAUAUCUCAACGCAGCCCACCAAGCCCAUCAGAACUAACUAAGCUGGAAAGUUCUGUUCGACCUUUGCUGGAAUCAAAAGGUUCUUCCCAAGGCGACAAUGGGAAGACAUUCCACGGUUCACGAGAAGAUCAGAAACAGAAGCAGAGACCAAGAUCACUGUCCAUUACUCCUGAGGCAUUUGACUCAGAUGAAGAAUUGGAAGAUAUCCUAGAGGAAGAUGAAGACUCUCUGGAAUGGGAGAAUCAGCGGGAUCAAAGAGAGUGCGUGGAGUCGUCUGAUGAUUUUGGCAGUAAACUGCGUCAUGAUUAUGUUGAGGACAGUAGUGAAGGUUUCUCCCCUUUACCAACAAGGCAACCAAAGGGGAACUUCACUGAUGAAGAGUUUAUGAGAAGACAGCUUUUGGAAAUGAGCGCAGAAGAGGACAAUCUUGAAGAUGAAGAUGAGCAAUACAACCAUGUAAAGUACAGCAGUAGUAAAAAUGGGCAGAAGACUGACUCUGACAAGGCCAAAGGUACCUCCACUUCAAAGAGGAAUCUUGGUUAUAACUCCAGUAACAUGUAUGAUGAGAAUAGAAAAGACCUAGAAGCAGAGGAGGAGGAAGAUGUAUCUGCAUUGCAAGGAGGACUGAGACGAUUUAAGACUAUUGAGUUAAAUAGCACAAACAAUUAUAACAGAGACAUGGACCUUGACCAUGAGGCAGACAUUAGCUUAGAUAGGGAACCGGAGCUAGAGAUGGAAAGUUUGACUGGAUCACCAGAGGAAAGAUCAAGAGGAGAGUACUCCUCCACAUUGCCAGCAACAACACCAAGCUACACCAGUGGAACAUCGCCUACGUCAAUGUCAUCCCUUGAAGAAGAUAGUGACAGCAGCCCUAGUCGAAGACAGAGACUGGAAGAAGUUAAGCAGCAGAGAAAGGCUCGCCAUCGCUCACAUGGUCCCUUGCUGCCUACUAUUGAGGACUCCUCUGAGGAAGAAGAGCUGCGCGAGGAGGAAGAACUACUAAGAGAACAGGAAAAAAUGAGAGAAGUGGAACAGCAGCGGAUCAGAAGCACUGCACGGAAAACCAAGAGAGAUAAAGAAGAACUACGGGCACAGAGAAGAAGAGAGCGCUCCAAAACACCUCCCAGCAACUUGUCUCCAAUUGAGGAUGCUUCGCCCACCGAAGAGAUGAGACAAGCCGCAGAGAUGGAGGAGUUACACAGGUCUUCUUGUUCUGAAUACUCGCCUUCCAUUGAUUCAGAAGCAGAAGGAUUUGAGAUCAUUGCUUCCAAAUUAUACAAGUCGGGGAGCGAGUACAACUUGCCAACGUUUAUGUCUCUGUAUUCUCCAACAGAAAAGACGUCUACCAGCGCUAGCAACAAACCGCUGAAAAGUGCAGAAGAGGUCUACGAGGAAAUGAUGAGAAAAGCUGAAAUGUUCCAGAAACAGCAGCAAUCGCAGCAAAACCUGAUCUAUGGUAAUAAUUACCAGCAGGUUGGGUAUGUGGGCACAGAACGUCAGAAUAACUUUGAAUAUCAAUACAUCGAUGAUUAUGGCUAUGACAAUAGCAGGACUGGCUCUUCUCAGAACGAUUACCAGAUGGAUUUGUCAACACCUGGAACAGUUUAUGAUGAAAUUUUGCAAACAUCUCAGAAUAUCUCAAGAAUGCAUCAAUCAUCAUCAAUUGACUUAUCUGUGGAAGAAGACAAAAAAGCAGAUGUGCACACUGAUAAACAGUUUCUGAAUGCAGAGAAUGCAUACAAUGAGAUGAUGAAACAAGCUUGUGGUCCGCUUACUCCUGGAACAAGCCCAACACAGUUGUCUGCACCAGUGUCGUUUGCGUCUUCUGAAAGCAGAGUCAUACCAGAUGUGCGUGUUACACAGCACUUUUCUAAAGAUGGAGUAGAUCAGACAAAGCUCCACAGUUCAUCCACAGUUCCCAGUUCAAAAACAGUAACAUCAUCUUAUCAGUAUGGAAAGGUAUCCACAGCUGCCACCUCUAAUACAAACACUGAUGGAACACCUGCUCUCCCCAGUCACCGGAGCUAUGGACAGACCAGAGGAACCUCUGACUAUAUCUCAAAUGAAGAGCAAUAUAGAAACAGAAGGAAUGCAGAUCUAAAUACAUCAAUGAGAGAUCAAGCACAGACUAUGGGGACAAAUGUAUCAUUGACAUCUAAAGUUAUUUCUUUUUUUAAGAGUACCAGUCCCCCGCUUUCUCCUACCUCACCUACACAAAGUCCAACACAUUCAUCUCCAAGAAUAAAUAUGUCUAUUGGUAACAAACACACCGCAGAAUUCUCAUCCCAGACUCAGGGCGUCCAAAGGCCUGAUAGCUCUGCGGCCUCUUCUGGUCUGUCUUCACCUAUGGUAGCUCAAGGCACACAGACACCUGACCGCACUAGGUCACCUCGUCUAUCUAGACAACAAUCUUCUCAAGAGGCUCCAUUCAUGGUUAUUACACUUGCAUCUGAUUCAUCUACUCAUACAAAGUCUAAAAGUGUCAGUUCCUCUACCUCACCAGUCACAUCCCCUACUAGAUUAAACCGUCAGCAAACCAUUCAUAGCUACAGUCAGACACCAGUUAGUAAUACACAAUCUCAGCAAGAACAAAUGCAGUCCAACUACAGUAAGGCACAUACAGUAAUAGAAAGGGGUCCUGCUUCAGGAUUGCAUAUGAUUUCUUCUAAAGGACAGUCCAAUGCAGUUGUAGAUGGCUCUUGCAAUACUUAUAAUUGGGCUUCUUUGCCACCUGAGAAUAUAUCACUUUGUAGAAUAUCUUCUAUACCUGGGACCUCUAGGGUGGAGCCUGGUCCCAAACCUAGCAACAGUGCUGUUGACUUACGAACUGCGAUAAAAUCUGCUCCGGUCAUUAUGACUGACCAAGGCAUGGAUCUUACGUCUUUAGCCACUGACACCAGGCGGUAUUCCCUUACAAUGGACCAAUCUCCAACACGCCAGUCUACGGCUGUGCAGCCUUUAAUUGUGAAUCUUAAUGCCCAAGAACAACCUCAUGCUGUUAUUAGCACAGCCACAACUGUUAGCAUAACUGUUGCAUCUUCCAUGAUUGUGUCACAGCCGAAACAGCCUAUGGUGUAUGGUGAUCCUUUUCAAAACAGGGUAGAUUUUGGUCAAGGAACAGGAAGUGCAAUGUGCUUAACACAAGUUAGGCACAUGGAACAAACAGCCCAAUCUGGUAUGCUGAGAGGAAGUGGCACAGGUGCCCCUAUUGGCAAACAAGAAGAAAUGGGUGGUAUGCAGAAAGACCUGUUUGCAAGAUAUAACCUCCCUAGUCAGGUAACAUCGAUGGUUAAAAGAGAUAUAGUUUCUCAACCAACUAAUGCACAAAACAUUGCUAACAUUAGUGCCAUGCCCAGACAAUUCCAACAGGAUCAGGGCAUGGGUUUUACAGAAGCCUAUAAGGGGGUUCCUGAGCCUAAAGUUCAACAUGCUCCAACCAAUAUUGGUGGCAACCAGCCUCAUACCAUGAUGGUACAGGUGGAUGGGAUGGUACCUGGCACAGUUACAAAACUUAUAAAAGAAGAACAGGCACCAAAUGCUUUAGACCUGACAGGGAUUAAACCUGAAAGCCAGGUAGUGUGCUGUGAUGUGGUCUACAAGUUUCCCUUUGGUGGCAGUUGUGCAGGUGCAUAUAAUUCUUCUAAAUUACCAGAACAAACCCCUGGGGAAACAGCUCAAGGUGUGAAGUCUGGGGUACCAUACUAUGGACAAAGAGAACAGGAGCCCUCAGACAACUAUCAAUAUAGAGAAUCAAAACCCAUGGCACCACCUCCACCCCAACCUGUUGUUCCUGCUCAGAAUUUGUAUGAAGAACAGAAAUUCUAUCCUUAUGGUCCUACAGGAAGGCUUCAUUCAUCUAUGUCAGAAACCAACCUGACAGACAUUGGAUUGUAUCAACCCUACCAAGGUCCUGGAGGAGAAGGUGCAAUGGACCUUAGUACCAUGAAAAGUUCUUAUAGCAUGACCUUCACUGAUGGCAACUACGUAGGUCAAGGAUUACAGUAUGGUUCAUUUACAGACUUACGCCAACCUACUGAUUUCUUUAACAGCUCGCUGCCCAUGAGACGUUUCAGUUCCAUGUCUAAUAUAUACUCUGAUUACAGAUAUUCUGCUAGGGAUCUAUCUAACUUUCAAGAGUCAAAUCUUGCUCAAUACAGUGCAACAACAGCUCGAGAAAUCAGCCGAAUGUGUGCAGCCCUGAAUUCAAUGGACCAGUAUGGGGGUAGGCACACAAAUAGCCCAGAUCUAUUGCAGUAUGGGCCUAGUUCCAUGGGUACAGGGCCUGUACUUCUUCAUCAACAGGGAAUGGCACCCAAUAGGCAAAACAUAAUGUACGGCCCCCAGUUCUCAGAUAGUCGUCAAGGCUUUGGAAGCUUAGGGCAGUAUAAUAUGCCAGGCUCCCGAUCUGGGGCUAUUAGACAAAUGUACCCCUCUGCAGCAACUGUUAGAGCUGCCGAUGGUAUGAUUUACUCAACCAUCAAUACACCCAUAGCCUCUACACUUCCAAUCACCACGCAGCCAGCUUCUGUAUUAAGACCAAUGAUCCGAGGUAUGUAUAGACCAUAUGGUCCAGGAAAUGUCACAGCUGUACCUCUAGCAAGCCUAACUAGAGUGCCACUUGUUGCUCCAAGGAUGCCGCUGGCACCACAGUCAACAUAUCGUUAUCCUGAUCCCAGCAGAUUCUCUUCUGCCACUUCAGCAUCCACAUCAGAUACCCCUGUUUAUUUGGGGAAACCCUCUAGCACUCUUGCAACUAGUACAACUACAUGUCCAGAUAGUGCAAGUACAGUAUCAUCCAUCCCUAUUUCAACAGUAGUUUCAACCUCUGUUAUAGCCUCUAAUGUACGGCCAGAAGCAUCUGCGGCGGUGCCUCCUGAUGAGCUCCCAGUGGCUUCCUCUGGGAUACAGACUUCUUCCAAAGACACCAGUCAAUCACAGCAGUCGUCAAUUCAGAAGCCUGCAUCUGAGAGCCAGCCAACUCAUAAGGCUGGAGCAGAGAAAGAGGAGAAGGAGAAAGAAGAGGAAAGACAGAGAAAGCAACAAGAACACAUACUUCAGGUAGAACGAGAGAGAGUUGAGUUAGAGGCACUAAGACAGAUGCGUCUACAUGAGGAGCUAGAAAGGGAACGCUUAGAACUGCAACGUCACAGAGAAAAGGAACAAAUGUUGGUCCAGAGAGAGCUCCAAGAGUUGCAGUCAAUCAAGCACCAAGUGCUGGCGCAACAGCAGGAAGAGCGUCAGGCCCAGUAUGCCCUACAGCGAGAGCAGCUGGCUCAGCAAAGGCUGCAACUUGAACAAAUCCAACAGCUGCAACAGCAGCUUCAGCAGCAACUGGAGGAACAGAAGAGACAGAAGACCACGGCUCCUCCAGCCUGUGAGCAGCCCACCAGACUUCCACCCCAAACAGUGUCUGACAUUGCUAUUGAAAUGCAGAGAACCCUGGCACAAAGUGGCCAGUAUUGGCCGCAAAUUAACCCUCCAUUUAUUGCUAUGGCUCCAACUGUGCUAGAAGCUCAGGGGCAACCACGCUAUCCAGGACCACAGAGGCCACUGACAAACUCUGCCUCCGAAAUGUCCCUUCAAACCGAUGAGCAGUGGGAAGUGAAUAAAGGCAUUAAGAAGAGGAACUCAAUGCCACGUCUCAGGGAUGCCUACAACACAGAGGACAGCCAUGAACCGUACAUUGUGAAGAAAAUCACUGACAGCAGUGUGCAGACUGACGAUGAGGAUGGAGAAGAACGGUUUUACAUGGCGCGACGGCGCAGGACUAAGAGAAGCACAGAUUGCAGUGUGCAGACGGAUGAUGAGGACAAUGCCGAAUGGGAACAACCAGUAAGAAGGCGGAGAUCUAGAUAUUCUCGUCAUUCUGACUCUAGCUCAGACAGUAAACAUGAUUCCAAAGGAACCUCCAGCAUAGCUAUCCAGACAAUUAGUGACUGCUCGGUGCAAACAGAGCCAGACCAGCUCCUCAGAGUCUCACCCUGCAUACAUAUUACAACUCCAGAUCCCAAAGUGGAGAUAGUAAAAUAUAUAUCAGCUCCAGAGAAGACACAUCGAGGGGAGAGUCUUGCCUGUCAGACAGAACCAGAAGCUCAGUCACAUGGAAUCGUGGUCCCUCAAAUUAGUGUUCCUACAACAAUAACACCAUAUUCAUCUAAUAUUCAGAUUGCAACUUCAGGGCCCCUAGAUGUUAAUAUAUCUAGACAACAAGGAACCACAAAGUUUGAGAAGAAGAAACCUGAUCCCCUGGAAAUUGGUUACCAGUCCCAUUUGCCAGCAGACACACUUUCUCAGCUAGUUAAUAGACAGCCCCCCAAGUCUCCGCAGGUCCUCUAUUCUCCAGUGUCUCCACUCUCACCCCACAGAUUACUGGAAUCUACUUUCGCUUCCAGUGAAAGACUCAACAAAGCCCACGUGACCCCUCAAAAGCAUUUUACAGCUGAAAGUACCCAACGACAGCAGAUCUUACCCCGUCCAAUCAAAACCAUGCAGAGGUCUUUGUCGGAUCCUAAGCCUCUAAGUCCAACCUCCGAGGAGUCUGCCAAGGACAGGUUCUCUCUGUACCAGCAACAGUUUCUGCCAGGUGGCCAGAUUUCAGCUUUCCAGUCAAAUACUUUGACACGCAAAGUGAAGCGAACUCUGCCCAGCCCUCCGCCCGAUGAGGCUCAUCUUCCACUGACCACCAGUCAGGCUCAUUCCCAAAUGUACAUGCCGAACCUCACUCAGAAGAUGACUGGAGGUCAAGCCAUUCAGAUGCCAAAAGUUGGUUUUCUAAAAACCAUUGACCAUGACCUGAAGAUCGUAGAGCAAGAAUCCACCAAGCUACGCAAGCAGCAGGCUGAGCUGGAGGAAGAGGAGAAGGAGAUUGAUGCUAAGCUGAAGUAUUUAGAACUUGGCAUCACUCAGAGAAAAGAGUCCUUUGUCAAAGACAGAGGGGGUAGAAGAGAGUUCUCUUAUCUUAGGUGUUUGGGGGAGAACAGGGAUUAUAUGUCAGAUAGUGAGCUCAACAACAUUCGGAUGUCCGGUUACGAUGGCAACAGCCUAUUAAACAGGAGCGGCACCGCCCCUCAGUAUUCCGAUUUCCAGAAUACACAGCAGUUCCAAACAUCAGCGUCCUCUUACACAUCUAACUCUUACCAGUACACUGCAGGCCAAACAACUGCCCCAGUUUCUGCCCCUCUACAACCCAACAGAUUUCAGCAACCACAAUAUAUUGUGUCCAGUAACGGGCCGUCUCAAAACAACUUCCAAACCCAAUUAUCCAAUUAUCCUGCACAAAGCUCAUAUCAGACCCACAGCACUGCACCAGCUACAACUUAUCAGUCAGAAUUAGGCUUGCAGAAUCAUACAGGCUUCCGACCGCCAAACUCUUAUCAAGUCCAAACUACCUAUGCAAAUCAGACCUCAUUGCAAACUUCUGUAAACUCAGGCUUCCAACCACCAGACACCCACACCGCUCACCAGAGGCCUAGACAGACAUCACUGGCUGAUCUAGAGCACAAAGUCCCUACAAAUUAUGAAGUGAUUGGAAAUCCCACAGUGGUUAUAUCUUCAGCAAUGCCAGAUACUGCCUUCAGUAGCACCACUGUAGCCAGUAAUUAUGACCAAUACAAGGCAGCAGAGGUGAGGCAAGCGGAGAGAAGCAAUGGGGCAGAGAGCCCCACAAAUAGUUAUUCCUCAGAUUCCCUUUAUACAAAUCUAGAACAAAACAUUCCCCGUAACUAUGUUAUGAUUGAAGACAUAAGUGAACUGACUAAAGAAAAUCCAUCUUCAUCAGAGAGUCAAAAAGUAGAACCUUUGCCUCAGGCAGUACAUCAGAAUAACAAUGUGCGACACAUGAAAGAGAAGAAUGGCCACAUGGAAAGUGAUCAUUCCAGCAAGCCUUGUUGCUAUUCCAGAGCUGAGGAAGAGUCUGAAGAGGAUGUCUAUGAUCACCACAGCUCAGAUUACAAGGGGAAGAGCACCUACCAGCAUAGCAAUGAUAAUAAUGGACGCGAUUCUAUGAGUGGCAGCUAUUAUUAUGGAGAUAAUGAUUCCAGACACUCCACACGUUUAGAUAAGCACGGCUCUAGUGUUGGGAUGCAAAAACAUUCUUCCAAAAACCUGGCUCCAGCUGUUGUGUCUUCCAAGCGCAACAAGCAUCGAAAGCAAGGAAUGGAACAAAAAAUUUCCAAGUUUUCUCCAAUUGAGGAAGCUAAAGACGUAGAAUCUGACCUGGCUGCUUCUUACCCGACGACAACGUCAAUGGGCAGCAGCAGUAGUGUCUCUUCAAGAGCAAAGAAGCUUCAGGAUGAGAUUACUUACGGCUUGAAGAAAAAUGUGUAUGAACAGCAGAAAUAUUACGGGGUCUCCAGUAGAGACAUGGUGGAGGAUGACGAUAGAGUUUAUGGUAGCGGAAGCCGCUCCCGGUCAGCAUCCAGUUGUGCUUUGGAAAAAGGAAGUCGUGACUCUGGAAGCAGCAGGAGCAAGUCGUAUGAGCGGGACACUACCGACAGGUAUCACAAAUCAAGUUCCAAACCUUCCACUCUUACCAUGAGUCAGAGCCGAGGAAGAGCCCCAAUGCGGUCCCAGCCAUCGGAAGAAGAAAGCCCUGUAAGCCCCCUUGGAAAGUCUGUUGGUAUGUCUCGUUCCUCAGGUGGCCCUAUGCCUCAGUCCUCCGUGGAAAGUUGCCCUCCCUUCUGUUCCAGCCACUCACUGCCUGACGUGCAAGAUCAUUCUAAAGAAGUGCCAAGAAGCCAUACAUACAAACAGGAAGAAAAUUACAUGAUGGACGAUUCACACUGUGUUGUGUCAGACAGUGAAGCCUAUCAUUUGGGUCAGGAGGAAACGGAUUGGUUUGAUAAGCCAAGAGAAAUUCGUUCUGAUCGAUCAAGGUAUUAUAGCAGCCACUCUUCAGCCCAGAAAAAAAUGCCGGUUAAACAUACAUAUCAUGAUUAUGAUGAGCCCCCUGAUGAUGAUAUGUGGCAACAUGAUGACUAUUCUCAACCUCGCCACUCAUCUUCUAAAGAACACAGACAUCAUGGAGAUUCUGGAAGACAUUCUUCUUCUUCUUCUCGUCAUCUUGAUGAACAGUCAAGACGAUCAUCUAAACAGCACCCAAGAGAUCAAGGACGUCAUGAAUCACGUCCACACUCUCAGCCAUCAUCCUCUUUGAAAAAGGCGCAACAAUCAGAUUCAAGAUCCCAAUCUGGCUAUCCACCAAGUUCCUCUGACUACUCCCAGCAAUCAAGGCAGUCGUCCAGUUAUCACCAUCCUUCAGAAGCACAGAAAUCCCAAAGGCAAUCACAGAUAUCACAACAGCAAAAACCUGAUUUACAGUCUCAUCACCAAGGAUCACAGCAAGCUAGACCGUCCCAAUCAAGUCAACAGCAGCAAAGUAAACAACCACAUCCUCAGCAGCAAAGUUCCAGACAGCAACAGCCUGUUGAACCUUCACAGCCAACUUCCCAUCAAUCGCUGUCCCAUCAAACACCCCAUCAAGCACCUUUACACCAAGCUACUAAUCAACAGUCUCAGCAUCAACAGGGUUCGACUCAACCAACGAGGACACAGGGGCAGCAGCAACAACAACAACAGCAGCAGCAACCACCACCACCAUCGGGCAGCCAAGGUCAGGCAUCUUCACGACCACAGCAGCCGGGGCCUCAGGGUCAGCCAGCACUGCGGACACAGCAACAGCAAGCGCCUCAGCAGACAGCGAAACCACCACCGACUGUGCAGUCCUCUGCUCAGCCACCUGUACUACCAAAAGUGGAACCAACAGACAGCUCCAAGGUUGCAGCGAAGCCAACACCGCAACCAGCCAGAGGGCCACAGACUGCAAUGCAAGGGGCCCCUGCUGGUGCGAAAAUUGGCCAGAAACCAACAGCCACACCUGCAGGGGCAGCUCCGGGAGCACCAGGCCCAGAGGGGGAAAGCAUGUUCUCCAAAAUACUCCCUGGAGGUGCAGCUGAGCAAGCAGGCAAACUUACUGAAGCGGUGUCUGCAUUUGGCAAGAAAUUUUCCUCGUUUUGGUGAGCGAGCUCUGUAAGUGGAGAUCUGAGGAUGAAGACACAUAUGAAGCAUCCUGUGAAGACAAAUUGCAGCGUGGAACUCUGGGUAUAAAAUCCAUUGUAGGGAAUACGGAGCCCUCACUGGUGAUCCACAGAGCAGAACAAAUGAUCUUGGUGAAAUAAUACCAUCAAGUAUUGGGCGAGAUGUGAGAACACAGUAAUGAGAAGCCACAAGGAACAAAUACCCCGGCUGCGGCGUGAAAGAGGAGACUUGCAGCCUCCGGCGAGGGUAAUCUCCUAUUCUCACGUCGAUCGUAUACUCAGAGUUCUGGGACUUGCUUGGUGUCCUUCAUAUGUCUUUCCGGGAUCUCCACCGAUGACCUUUGAAUAUAGGGCUUGGAGUGACAUGCUCCACAUUUCCGAUAGCAUUCCAUUUCUGACCAAUGGUGAUAUCCCAUGCUUCCGCUUAAUCCAGGGGGCCAACAAAAACCAAAUCCAAGGCGCCAGGCGCCUGCAAGAAAAAAAGUGAGGACCUACCACUGUUCAUCCUAGUGAAACAUGCGGCCAUAGGACUCUGAGAGACAGUGCGAUGACUGGCUGACUAUAUAAUAAUAAUGCAGGCCAGGCAUGUCUGUCGGCAAUCAGUAGUAAGCCAUCAAUCAGCCAUUCACAUGGCGAUUCCCGUGUCUGUCGCUCUCCUUUGUCUUUCUUUUUUGUUCAUUUCAGAACGGCCUUAACCAUUCCACUUUAAGUUACUCAUAUACCUCAUAUUUAUUUUGCUCUCCAGUGUAUUUCUCGGUAUCAUCAUUAUACUUUGUGUGUGUCUCUUUUGUGGUGGGAUUAGCACAUAGGGAAUCUCUAGAAGCAAUAGAGAGAAGACAAAGAGCACAAAAUAAGAUGAUCUCUCUUUUUCUAAAGACUGUGCAAUUCAAGUCCUAAGCCAUCAGCAGCGACCAUGCUCGGAGAGAUGGUCUUCAAAGAGCCUCCUUACUUCUGCCGCAUGUUAUCUUACGGAGCAAGGCGUCCGUAUCUUGAACUGCUCAAGUAUUGUAAAGUCGCUCCCGUGUCCGCUUACUGUUGAGCAUGCUCCAAGCUGACGGUCUCACUGGUCUACCCGUUUGGCGCUUCCAUCCAUUUUGAGUUGUAGUAACCGAUGAUCAUGUCUAAUUGUCUAUGCAACAAAUUUGGGAUCGGGGGGGAUACUGUGUUCAUAUUUAUCAACAUUUCAAUGUUAGGUAUACGGAUUGAUUUGAAUAUGUGCUGUUGGGAAUCUGCAUUGAGAUGUUUCUAUUUACGCCCUGUGUGUAUGAUGUUAGUGGCAUGUUUGACUUCUCCAAGGAAUUUGCCAAAGGCUUGUAGCCUGUAAGACUAGUCUGUCGUCCUAAUGCAUGGCUAGAGCUGCUCUGUGUACUUUGCACGUUUUCUUAUCAUUUCUGAGGAUUGCAGAUUCUUACUAUGACCAUAUUUACCUGUUCGUCCCCUUGUAUUUCCCUGAUUUCUGCAUAACCUUGUCGGGCAAUAUGUACGUACGUAGAGUGGCACAGCCGGGUGAAUGAAGUGUCUGUGAUGACCACACUCAAACUCUACCGGGGUACAUCAUCCGAUAAUACCAAUUGAGUUCCGUAUCUUAAGGUAUUAGGUUUUCAGGAUAUGGUUUUUGGAGAACAGUCGAGUUUAAUAAUACAGUAAAUUACUGAUUUAUAAUCUAUACCAGACUUUCCCAAACUCCGCCAUUACAGUCCAGGUUUCAAGGAUAUCCAUGCUUGUACACAGGUAAAUUAUUUAGUACCUCUGUUAAAUUGAUUUAACCACCUGGACUCAUUAGAUUUCCUUAAAACCUGUCCUGGGGGACGCCCAGCUCAGGGCAAGCCCGCCUCACAUGCCAGAUCCAGCCCCUUCCCGCAGACAUGCAAAAGCAUUUCACGGCUUCACAUGUUUCGAGUAGCCGUCUGCAUACGCAGCCUAGCUGUGAAGGCAGACGGCUACCCGCCAUGUUUUGGGACGCAGCUGCUGUGUGUGACGUCACGUAACCGCCGCAACACGCCUCAGCUAGGGUCUGGUUACACUUGCGUUGUCCGGACCACGUCCCCUUAAACGGAGCAUCACUGCCCACAAAACGCGGCAUCGACACCCCGUUCCCGCCCUCCUCUUCAGAGCGCAGUUUAGGACCUUGCAAAUGCGCGUAUGCGCAAAAAUCGCUUUAUAGCAAUUUUUGCAAACUUACAACAUAGCUGCUGUGUGCUCAGACAGUGAUAUCCUGAAUAUCUGUCAUGUUGGCAAGCCCUGAGCCAGAUAGACAAUAAUUUACCCGCUCUGCAAAUCUAAUUAAUGUAUCUUCUCAAAUUUAUUGUAUAGAACUCUCCAUGGGAAUUUCAAUAGUAAUUGUUCCGGAGAACAUUAAUUAUGUGUCGCCACAGAAUUCUCGUAGUCGGUACAUAAUUAUCAUACUACAAUGUUCUCACAAUAUCCUAGAAAAUAAUUCUACCCUGAAAAAAACAAUAAUAAGUAAAAUCUAAUAUUUUGGGUACAAUAUCUGGGUGAGAGGAGAUUGGUACGUGGUAUAUUGUUUCUGUUUGUGUCAUUGUACAUGUCAUCACCGCAGCGGGGAACCUCUGGAGUAUCCAAGGUGGGCGCAGUGACUUUCCCGCUGGUGUGCACUCUGAUCAGGGAGACCUCCCUUUGGUAGAAGGAGAGCGUUACGAUACACUGCGACUGCAGGGUGACUGACACGUGGUAUGUAAGGGCGUGAAAUCGGUAAGAGUUACGGACUUAUUAAUAAGUUUAUACAUAGAAAGAGAUUGGUUUGCGAUCAUCCCAAUAUGUGCCGCUUAUCUCCGUCCUGGGGCGGGGGGGGGGGGGGGGGGGUAUUCCACUGAAGGUGUGAGGUCACUGCUAUAAAUGGUAUGGUGCAGAAAAUAACCCUCCCAGAUGAUCUGUACCAUUGUGGGGACUCUUUGCAAUCUGUAUUAUUAGCUGUCUCGGUUAUGUUGUCAAUGGCUCUUUCUUCAGCCACCAUUGUAAAUAGUUGUACAGCGAGUAAAUUGUUCCUGUGAUAUAAGUGAUGCAAAAAAAAAAAAAAAAGAUACAAUAAAAAGAGAAGAAAAAAAAGAAAAUGUACAAUCCAGCAUGACGAGCGAUAGCCAUGUGUGCUGGUGUCACCUGCCAAGCAGAAGCUUCUUUGUGUAUAAAAUAAAGCUAUAUUCCUAUAGACAGAGAGGACGUUAUAUUGGGGCUGGCUGAGACCCCUGGGUGGGAGGAGCUGGGUCCCGGGAGAUGAACACGGAGCCGGGUCUUCACAUCCACCUAGCCUGCCUUUGUUUUGUUGGAAGGGUUAGAUGGGGCUAAGAUGGACAUGAUGGGAAAAUUAUGUAUAAAAUAAAUUAUAUUAAAAAAUAUAAAAAGAUAAAGUUUACAGUUGUAAGUGCAAUGAGCUGAAUCCUGUAUAUGAGACUUGUAAUUGGUGUCGGUCCUGUUGUGCCCUAUGAGAAGUUGUAGUACUCAAUGUGUCACAUCAUGUAUUGUAAUUCAGUAAUCAGUUCAUUCCCUUCCAAGGUAUUUCUGUGACCGCAGAAUAAAACAGACUUGAUAUUAA